AUGUCUCAGUACGCCUCCAAAUCGGACUUCAAGGCGGCCCUGGACAGCAGUCCCGAGGCCAACACCGAGGAUGAACAGACGAAGGAGGACGAAGAAGAGCCCAUGCCCAAGAACUACCUGUGGCUCACCAUCGUCUCGUGCUUUUGCCCCGCGUACCCCAUCAACAUCGUGGCUUUCGUCUUCUCCAUCAUGUCUCUGAACAGCUACAACAAUGGAGACGUGGAAGGCUCCAGGCGGCUUGGGAGGAAUGCCAAGUGGGUGGCCAUCGCCUCCAUCAUUAUCGGCCUUCUCAUCAUCGGUAUUUCUUGUGCGGUUCACUUCGCAAGGAAUCCUGCCUUUUAA